AUGCCCGGCACGCUUCGUCCCGUCUUGUCCGUGGGCCUCAUCUCGUGUCUCCACUUUGUGGCAGGGACGACGUGCUUGCAGAGUGCCGUGACAACUCGCAAAGACUUGGUGAAUGCCAAAGGUGAAUCGUAUCCUGUUGGACUUGCGUAUGGAGAAUGGGAUGCUUCAAAAGUGUUCGCCGAAAUUGCACGAAUCACGAUUCAAGAAAUCUUGGGCUACAACGCCCAAGCAACAGGGUAUCCUAGCUCACCAGAGUCGUUCCGAGCACUUUUCGGCUGCACCAAUCCCACGGAGACAAGUGACAAAACCGGCUGUUCGGAUGGCGACACCAGAAGUCAUGUCUUGAUGGAGUCAUGGCACCUCGGGUACCCGUCGACAUUCAACGAAUUGGUGCACAUCAAUCAUAACUUCGCUGCUUUCCGGGCAAGCAACUUGUUCUAUAGCAUUGAGAGCAUGUACAUCAGCAAAGCCGUCUGGGAGCAAAAGACCUUAGCACCUCUGUUGGACACGCAGGAGGGUCUUCACGAGGAUGGUCAACCAUGGACAUAUUUCGAUGCAAUCUCUGCUUUCGACACUUCAAAACUAAAGCCAUGCACUUCCACACGAUUGACGGACGACAACAUCAUGCGAAACUACCUUACAAUCACCGGUGACACAGCCGGUGUGUAUCAGAACACUAGUGAUGGUUUGCAUGCUGGCGUGUGCCAUGCAAAUUACUGGUGGCUCGCCCCGGGUGAGUGCAGAACCAGUUCCGGUCUCCGUUGCGUGCCAUGGAUCACAGGUGGAAAUGGUUGGAAUUUGGAGCAGUACAUGCAGAAGGCAACCGUGUGGCAGAUUCCCCUGGCCAUCGGUGUUGCCAGUAGUUUUUCUGCCUUCACAGAAAUUCCAAUGAGCAAGAAGUGCUUGUUCUAUUGGUGGGAGCCAGAUACGUUAUUCGCCACCCUGGAGCCCAAGUACGUCACUUUCCCUGCUUAUGAUGCAGCAGCUUGGGCCGCCGGGAACUAUAGCACUGCUCCUGCGAACGUCAUGCUCGAGAAUUUGGUAAGCUACGACUUGCCAGAUUUGGCACCGGAUGUAUAUGGCUUCAUCCACAACUUUCAAAUGUCCAUGGACACAAUGCGCGGGAUCAUGCUUGACGUGGCAUCGGGCACAAGUGCAUACGAGGCAGCUUGCCAGUGGACCAAGCAGAAUGAAGAUGUCCUGCGCAGCUUUAUCCCAGAUACCACAGAGAGCACCACAGGGAGCGGACAGAGCCUCACCACUUCUUCGGCCGCUGAGCAGCUGCCAACCACGACCCGCGACGAUGAAAAUGAGACAUCGGGCGUUUUUUCGGUCACGAUGAGUGCCUUCGAAGAGUUGGGGAUUUGUCCUGAGAUCAUCCAAGCAGUGGAAGAGGAUGAUUGGCUGCUGCCAACUCCUGUACAGCAGGAGGCAGUCCCGCUGAUCCUAGGUGGAGGCGACGUGUUGGUGGCUGCGGAGACGGGGAGUGGCAAGACGGGCGCCUUCGGUCUGCCAUGCUUGCAGAUUGUGCAUGAAACCCUGCGCGGCAAAUGCAGCACAAGGAAAGCGAAUGCCUCAAACUUGAAAUGCGAGCUGAAUCUGAACGACAAGGACAUGUUUGUGCUUGUCACGGAGGAUGGCAUGGAAUGCAAGAGCGAAGAUGAUAAGCGAUGGAACGGGAUCAGGGCUACGAUUGAUGUGAUGAAGGGAAAGUACAUGUUUGAAGUCGAGGUCGUAGAGGGCAUGGUGCGAGUAGGUUGGAGUGCCGGCUUUGCGAAACUGGAGCUGGGCAUAGAUGACAAGAGCUACGGUUAUGGAUCAACUGGAAAGAAGAGCUGGAAUCGCAAGUUCGAGGACUAUGGCGAAGCCUUCGAGGAAGGAGACAUCAUUGGCUCAAUGUUGGACCGGGAGAAGCAAACCAUUUCCUUCAGCAAAAACGGGAGAGACCUUGGUGUUGCAUACAAGUUAUCUCCCGAUAUGCAGGGCAUUGGCCUGAAACCGCAUAUUUGCGGCAAGGGCUUUAUGGCCGCCGCCAAGUUCGAUGGUCCGAUGGAAUACCCUGUGGAGGGCUAUCUUCCCGUAGGUGAGAUCGAUCCGACCCACACACCGCAGGGGACGUCGCAAGCCAAGGGUAAGCGCCCACCCUUGUGCAUGAUCCUUGAGCCCACAAGGGACUUGGCUGAGCAGACCUACAAAUGCAUGACCACCUUUAACAAGUACUUGGACAAUCCCACCGUUCGCAUCACCCUCUUUGUGGGAGGGAUCGACGAAAAGGAGCAGUUCCGGGCCUUGGAGGAAGGUGUCGACAUCGUGGUGGGCACCCUGCAGAAGUUGAUGGAUUAUGUGAGACGAGGGAAGUUGGACGUGACUCACCUGAAGUUUCUGGUCCUCGAUGAGGCCGACGACCUUCAAAAGAAGGAUGAUCGAAAGGAGAUCCCUCGGCUGAACGCACAGAUCAAGCGUGGCAGAAGAGACCGAGUACAGACCCUCUUCUUCAGUGCCACACUACAUACUCCGGAGGUGAGACAGAUGAUUGAUGACAUCACGGAUCGACCCAUCUGGGUUGACCUCAAGGGCAAGGACUCCGUCCCGGAGACCGUGCACCAUGUGGUGCUGUACAUCGAUCCGUAUCAAGAUCUGCAGUGGUCGGAUGCUGAGAUCGCAGUUCGCGCCAAGGCACCAAAGGAGCAGCCUGAAUUGGAUGGUGUCCAUACAAAGGCGUCCAUGUCUUCGAUCGACAGUAAACAUCCGGAAGCCUUGAAGCUCUCCGAGAAGAUCAAGGUGAUGAAGCCCAAAAUGGUGGUCAAGAUCGCAGAUGCCUUCGGAAUGUCACAGUGCUUGGUCUUUUGCCGAACCAAUGUGGACUGUAACAACCUCGAAGACUACUUGAACCGCCUGGGAGGGACCAAGGCCUAUGGUGGCAAGAUGGAGACGGGCAAAGAGAAUCCGUACUCCUGUGUCGUCUUGGCCGGGAUGCGCAACCAGGAUGAGAGACGAUCCAAUUUGGAGUCCUUCAAAGAGGGUGAUGUCCGCUUUCUGAUCUGCACGGACGUGGCAGCUCGCGGUAUUGAUAUUGCUGGUUUGCCCUUUGUCAUUCAGACAACUCUUCCAGACGACAUUGAAAACUACAUUCACAGAAUUGGACGUUGCGGGCGCGCGGAGCGCAUGGGUCUGGCCAUCUCCAUCGUUGCGACUGAGAAGGAAAAGGUGUGGUACCACAAGUGUCCUUCCAGGGGCAAGGACUGCAAACCUUGGCCUGGCAACACUAAGCUGACCAUUCCCUUUGGACCCGACCAGAAGUUGAGGCCGCGGGAUGAUGCGAAUUGGAUCAUCGACGAGGGCGGCUGCUGCAUCUGGUAUGAUGAACCCGACCUGAUCAAAAAGGUCGAAACGCGUAUCGGCAUGCCCAUGAAGGUCAUGGAUGCGGAGGACUUCAGUGUACCCGGGGUGCUGGAAAGCCCCUUGGGCGAAGCUGGAAAGAAGCGGAUCAAGAAGGCCGAAGUCGUCAAGGAGCCUCCGAGCCGAAGGGCGCAGAUGCGCAAAAAGGAGGAGGCGGCGGUGGUGGUCUAUGGUGCCAAGAAGGGCGACAAAACCUUGGCGAUGUCGGCUAAGCACACCAGCGCCCUGGCUCCUGUGGUGGGGGAGUUAGCCGCCCUGGAGAAGGAGAUUCAGUUCUCAGGUUCGUGGUGGCUGGAGGGAAUUCUGGUUGGUUCGGUCUGGACAACUGCAAGUGCUUUGGAAGUGGCUGUUGAACAGGCUGAGGCAAUUUCAGGUCAGGUGAUCACUGGUUCCACCGUCUCUGAGUGGGACUACAUCCCAUCUGAGGGUUCUGCAGCUGGCUACUCAGCUGCUCUUUCCAGGGGCUACGACGCUGUGGCCGAAACCAUCACCCAAGCUCCUCCUGCUGCUCUGGCUUUUGCUUCACGUCUCCCUGUCUCACCGACUGAGAAGAGGGAGCGGAUCCAGCGUGCCUGGGAGGCUGGAUUGUGGGCUCGAGCAGUGCUGGAAGGCAGGAUUUCGAAACCCAGGCCCACUCCAAAGACAGCACUCCGAUCCACUGUCUACGUCAUUGUCAGGGCACCUGGACUUGCCCGUCCCUGCUGGGUCUCCAGCGCUGCUGAAUACUACAGGAUUUUGCCACAGUUCACUGAGGAUUCCCUGUCCCACUCCUUUGCCUCACAGGCGGAGGCUCGGGCAUACUGCCUGGCCAUUGGAAUUGAUUUUCCUGACGGGACAUUGGAGUCAGGCGUUUCUAUGACCUAUGUCCUGGAAUUGCAUCGUAUGAACCUCGGGAGCGAGGCAGAAAUUCAUCAGGAAUCCUUUAUGAUUCCAAUUUUUGUGAGGAGACAAGGGCUUUUGCUAGCAAUGCCUGCAGAGGCUCUACCAGGAGACCUGCUGAGUGCUUCUGGAACUUCAGGCCCGGAGGAUUUGGUAGGCCCCUCCAAGUUUGUGAAUGUCCCUGCCGUGAUGGAGAUGGAAGAUGGGACGGAGACACCGCUGGACUUCGAGAUAACAGUCUUGCUGGUGGAUUUGCAUGCCAGGGUUUUGGAUUUUGUCAGGCAGUUCGACCCAGUGACAGAAGGCGAGGGGAUCCUCUCUUUCUCAGCAGAAGGGCCGGACAUUCUUCCUUCAUCCCCAGACCUUCUUUCAGCAGCUACGACAUGGCUGGAGGAGGCACAGGACGAGCGAGUCCAGUACUACUCGGCUGCGGAGGAGGGACCAAGCACUGCCGCCCCGAGAAGGGGAGCUGCCAAAGCGAAGGCGAAGCAGCCGGCACGGAAGAUCACCACUGCGGUUUUGUCGGAGCAGUUAUCUGCAUUGGCCCAAAGUAUCCCUGCUAUCUCUCAACAGUUGCAGGAGGUCCAAGCCAGACAGCAGCAGUUCGAGAACAUCCUUGCUUCCCCUGCCCCACCAGUCUCUCGCCACACCAGCUAUCGGCAGGACUUCGAAGUCCCCCCUCUCCCCUCUCGAGGCACUGGCUCGCCUCUUCACUUCAUCCAGAAGGUAGGGGCACCUCCAAGAACCAAGACGGUUGCCGCCCCUGUCAAGACCCCAAUGGAGGAGGACAAGCUGGCUGCCGGGCCUCAAGAGGAGGAUGGGGAGGAGGAGCAGGAUUUCCCUUUGGACAUGGCCCAGUCCCUCUUCCAGCAGCAAAAGGCCCUGACUGCCUUAGUGGCCCAUAUCACGAACUCCCAGGAUGGACUUUUCGACCUGGGAAGCAGCAGCUCCUCCUCGAGCAACAUCUCCCUCAAGGGAUCAGCAAAACGAGAGAGGCUGAUGGCAGACUUUGCAAGCAGGAAAGGAGAUUUUCUUCUGAAGAUUGCCCAGAACGCUUUCAAGAGGAUGAAGCCAUCAGAGGCUGUCCCAAAAACCCUGCAGGAGUUCCGCGGCAAGGCCCUCUUCACAAAGUACUUGGAGAGGCAGGGGGGCUACGGAGGAGGCCAGAGGGAUCUAGGCCUGAUCAUGUGGCUGCUCUCCCACAUUGCCAAUCUCAUGCUGAUGGAAGACAAUAUUGGAGCCAGAGACCUGUUGGCGUUGACCAUGGUGACAGUGGAACAAGCAGCCCUGGACGGUGGAAAGUGGGAAGUGGCAUGGCUCCUAUCGCUUCAAGAGGACCCCCCCAGCGGGGUCUUUGGGGCUCGCCCAGCGUCGACAAACCCUCGCCUGAGGGCUUUUUCCCCACUUUGCCCGCCGGACUGGGCGGCCACGACGCUCUCAUUUGUGAAGGAGGUGGACGUCAUCAAUGCCAGGAGACAAGAAGCUCUCCCAAAGAAACCAUGGCAGAAGCCGGAGGAGGGGGAUCCCAAAAAGCCAAAAAAUCCAAAGUACCCCCAAAAGCCAAAGAAAGGGGCAGAGGAAAGCUGA